UACUGAGAGGAAGCUAUUCCAAAGUAUUCGCGUCAAUUCCUGUCGUCACGUGUAACUAAAAAAUAAUCACUAAAAAGUAGAAACUCAUUAUCAGUAAUAAUUUAUCUGCAUUUUUUAUUUUUUCUGUUCUCCAAAAUACCUGUAAAUUUAAUUGUAGAAGGUAGACCACAAAAGCCUUUUUUUAUUUCGAAUGGUUUGACAGUUAACCUGCAUUUUUCCGAUAAAGAAAAAAGUUUGGGUGACUGCAACUUUUCAAGUCGAACGGGAUGUGAUCGUUAUUUGAAUUUGUUCGCUCCUUGAAAAAUACAAAAUGCCACCCCGACUCGAUGUAGUUGAUUCGAUGGAUGUGGAGAGUCCGUCGAGGUGUCUGAGAUUUCUACAUCUGUUAUGGAAAUUCUGCAAGUGCGUUUUCUCCCAUGUGAGUCUCGUUUCUCUGGUAGUGUCCUAUUGCGUUCUUGGGGCACGCGCUUUCGUGUACUUGGAAGCAGAUCACGAAGAAGAAGUAAAAAACAGCAUUACAUAUAUCCGAGGGAAUAUGACGCAGACGUUAUGGCAGAUGACGUUGGACUCGAAGGUGCUAAUGCAAGAAAAUUGGACGUUGGAUGCAAUGAAAAAUCUGAAGUGCUUUGAGAAGGAUCUGCUGACAAAGAUGAAGAAGGAGGGUUGGGAUGGAAGUGAAGACUUGAAAAAUGUUCAAUGGACAUUCGCUGGGGCUCUAUUUUACUCCAUCAUCGUUAUUACCACCAUUGGCUAUGGACACAUAGCACCAAAAACUCGGAAUGGGAAGGUCGUAACGAUAUUUUAUGCCAUAUUGGGUAUACCUCUGAUGCUCCUAUGUCUUUCCAACAUCGGUGACAUCAUGGCAUCUAGUUUCAGGUUUUUAUAUUGGAAGGUCUGCUGUUACGUGUGCACUCGGCCUCCGAAGAAAAAGAGACCUCGUAAAAAUUUCUCUAGAGCGCAGUCUGUCCGUCAAUCUUCGAGAUAUCCUGGAAAUUCACGUCGAGCACCAUCAUUUCGACGAUCGAUUCGAGCCAGUCAAAGAUCAGCUGAUUCAGCAUUAGGAAUUUCCCUGAGGACGACUCGGUCAUUGCAUUCUGAUAACGAUUACAGGUAUCACCUUCGAAGAUACGAUGGUAUUGAUCAGAGAAGGCCAGGGUCUUAUCAACCAUCAGCUGGAGCAAACUUACACGUAGAUCCCAGACAGUCGACGAUCUCCAGGUAUUCAGAUGUUCCAGUUUCUACUCCCAAGAUGACGAGAGGUGCAGCCAGGUUGACAACGCAAUCUCUUGAUAGGCGGUUAUUGGUUAACCCGCGUGAUAAUGAUCGUUCACCUGUGUUCUUCAAUAAGUAUGCUCUUGAUGAUGUCGAUGAUCCAGUCGACGUCCGGCCAAAAUGGAGGACUCUUCCAUCUGAUAGAGCGAAUUCUGAGAAACCUUGCGGCAAAAUAGGAGUUCCGGACGACCUAGAGGCAGAAGAAAGGACAUCCACGUUAGUAACGAGAUCGUUGCCAAGAAGAUGUCUCUCCGUCGAGGGUGCCACGAAUAAUAGAUCCGGAAUGAACCAAACAGCAAGACCUGCUUCAGUUUUCCUUGAGAUGGAUAAUUCCAGAAGGUUUCCAACUUCCACAAGAUCUAGACGUUCUCGCAACUACUACAUAACUCGACCUUAUAGAAGAGAAGCUCCAUCACCACGAAUAAUGUCACCAAUGGGUUUUGCAGUACACAGACAAGUUUAUCAAGAUGAUUUCGAUGUAGAUUAUAAUUAUCAUCCUACCAAUGAAGUUCAAGAUCGAAGAUCAGUAAUAAAACCAGUGCCAAUUUGGCUCUGUGUCUUUCUCGUUGUGAGCUACAUCUUCGGAGGUGCUUUCCUCUUCACUUACUGGGAGAAUUGGGUCUUUCUGGACUCAGCCUACUUUUGUUUCAUUACUCUAACUACAAUCGGGUUUGGGGACUUUGUACCUGCACGUAAGCUCAACGCAGAGCAGGGCAUAGCCUUAUGCUCCCUUUAUUUGCUUUUUGGAAUCGCUCUCCUCGCAAUGAGUUUCAAUCUCGUUCAGGAAGAAGUCAUUAAUAAUGUGAAGAGCGUUGCGAAGAGACUUGGAAUUAUCAAGGAGCAAGAUGAUGACGAAAACGACGAUGAAGAGGAUGAGUAUGCGUACGAUUAUGACGAAGAUGAAGAAGACGAGUGCCAUGAACUCGGUGGUUAACGGACUGAAAUUUCCUAAUGUUAGUUUUAUUCCAUCUGAUAUUUACCAUCCGAUAUUUCCUC